AUGGACAAAGGACUUCACUUUGUGUUCUGUGUGCUUACAACCGUGCUGCUCCUGAGAGAAUCAAGCCACGCAGGAGCGAUGAGGAAUGAUGAUGCUGCGAGUAAGGACACUGACUUGAGGGGACCAGAAGAGAAUCUUCCAACUUUGACUGUCACAACAAUCCUGGAAGAUCCCUACGUCAUGGUGAGAAGGGCAGAGCUGGAGGGAUACUGCAUUGACCUGCUGAAAGCCCUUGCUUCAAUGCUUCACUUCAGCUACAAGGUGAAGGUGGUGGGAGAUGGGAAGUACGGUGCCGUCUCUUCCAAUGGGAGCUGGACAGGGAUGAUUGGAGAGAUUUUGAGACAGGAAGCAGACAUUGCAGUGGCUCCCCUGACAGUCACAUCAGCCAGGGAAGAGGUGGUCUCCUUCACCACGCCAUUCCUGCAGACUGGGAUUGGAAUCUUGCUUCGAAAGGACACCAUGUCACAGGAGAUGUCUUUCUUCCACUUCCUGGCUCCUUUCAGUAAGGAGACCUGGACUGGUCUCCUAUUUGCUUAUGUUCUGACGUGCUUCUGCCUCUUUCUUGUUGCCAGGCUGAGCCCCUGUGAAUGGAACGAGCCCAAGAAUGAAGAGAAUCACUUCACUUUCUUAAACAGCCUCUGGUUUGGAGCGGGAGCUCUCGCACUGCAAGGUGUCACCCCUCGGCCCAAAGCGCUUUCUGUGCGGGUCAUUGCCGCCAUCUGGUGGCUCUUCACCAUAGCCUUGCUGGCUGCCUACAUCGCCAACUUCACCGCGCUGCAGAGCUCCGGCAGCGAGCAGCUCCCAAUCCAGACCUUUGAAGAUCUCGUGAAGCAAAGAAAGCUCGAGUUUGGGACGUUGGACGGCUCCUCCACCUUCUACUUCUUCAAGAACUCCAAGAAUCCCAUCCAUCAGAUGGUCUAUGAAUAUAUGGACAAGAGACGAGACCACGUUUUAGUCAAAACCUACCAGGAAGCAGUUCAACGCGUGAUGGACUCGAACUACGCCUUCAUUGGUGAAUCAAUCUCUCAAGACCUUGCAGCUGCCAGGCACUGCAAUUUGAUCAGAGCCCCUGAAGUUAUUGGAGCCAGAGGAUUUGGCAUUGCCACAGCCCAGGCAUCCUCGUGGACUAAGAAGCUCUCCAUUGCGGUCCUCAAACUGCGCGAAUUGGGUGACCUUGACUACUUGCGUAACAAGUGGUGGGAGACCAGCUGCCUUCACAAAAGCAGAGAGAGAUGGAGCCCUCUGCAGCCCCAAGCCCUCGGCGGACUCUUCCUUACUCUUGCAAUUGGCCUCGCACUGGGAGUGAUUGCAGCUGUGGUGGAGCUGUCGAAUAAGAGCAGACACGCUGCUGGACAUGUCAAGAAGUCUUGUUGCUCCAUUUUCACAGAAGAAAUAUGCACUCGUCUACGUAUAAAAGAAAAUGCAAGACAAAGCCAGGAGACUUCAGGAAGGGCUAAUGCUUAAAAAACAUGUUAAGGAAUGGGCAUGUCUUAGGGUUCUACCAUAUGUAUUUCAUAGGAACUACAUCAUUGUAGAAAGGUAUUUUUCUGCAAGUCUAGAGUGUUAGCUUCCUAAUCACAAACACACAGCACUUCUGGAUUGGUGGUGGAGCUGGAUUCAAAAGAAAACUAAGCAGCUGGGAGGAAUUUAAGUUGAUGAAGGAUGGAGUGCAACUGUUAAAAUCAAGGAAGGUUAAGAUGGGGGAUCACACCUAGAUUUAGUUUAGAAGUUUACUAUGUAAGUGCAUGAAUGCCUGUAGGAGUAACGGACUUGGGAUAGGUUAACGUGAUGCCUCUGUUUACUAAUUACACUGAGGAACAAUCUUGAAAAUUAAAGCUCUCAUCUGACUGUUCUAAUCACGAACAACUGCUUCUUAAAUAUUUUAGUUAUAGACUACUCUUCCCCUCUUCUAGGCAGAUGAUGGUCACUGUGAAGGUAAUUUCUGAAUCAGAAAGGACAGUACUGUUGCAUAAUCCCCCAAAAUGCAGGACUUUACUGCAUUCUCUGCAGUGGCCUAAAAUCCAACAAAGGGGAUGAUGCAAUUAAGGAACUAGAUUUAAGAAAUGUCUGUUUCCCAGCAGAUGUUUCCUAGUUUGUCUUAGUUAACCUGACUGGGAAGUAUUUAGGAAUAACAUAAUUAAAAUCCACCAGCAUGAAAUUUGGAACCAGUCAAUUAAAGGAAGUACAAAUUCACUAGGCAAGGGCGAGUGAGUAAUGGGUAUUUUACAUUAUUCUCUUGCUGUCAAAGAAAAAUUGUUGAACUUCAUGGGGAGGUUACUUCAGUUGCAUACUUAACAGUUUCCUAAUCACGCUGGUUUUCUUUUCAAAGGUGGAAUGACUGAUGCAUGCACAUGCUGGUUUGUAAAUUCACGGUUAAAUGACUGCAUUUAUGUACUGCACAUCUGAUGGGGUGGGAGGGAGCAAAUUCACUUACUUGGAACUGUUUUUUUAACUGUACUGCAUGAACAAAGAGACAAAUUCACAUCAGCUCCAGCAUUAAAUAACUGAAGAAAGCAGACACUAACGUGCCUGUGACGGGGAAAUAGCUGGGUGUUCCUGAAUAAAGCAUUACACAGUCACUUGGAGCAUAGUGUAGACUUUAAACUUCUGAUAGCUGCCCAUAAUUUAGUAUAGGUGCAGCUUGCCACCCCUCAGUGGUAACAAGAACACCAGUGGAAGCAGCAGGAGUUAUGAGUUUGAGUUCUUCAAACUGCUGUAGUGCUGUUCAGUUAUCGGCUAUGUGCUCUCACACCAUGACAGUUCUAUUUUACAUACAGCUUAAGCAAUGGUGGUUAGAUUAGGAGGUGGAUCAGUCCUUCAACCAACUUAACUGCAAAGAGCAUGAAACAGGCUGGGUAAGUUUAAAAGCUGACAUGGAAAAAUACAAUGUCAGAUUCACUUAGCACUUUAAAAACUAUUUGGUAUGUGCCAUGGCAUUGCUGGCAGAG